CAACCCAAGCAGCCCCCGCUUCUCUUCAUCUCCCCACGAUUUAUUCCCCAAACCAACACCGCCGCCGCCGCCGAUCUCCUCUACCCCAACCCCACCGCCGGCAUCCCCCAACCCCCUCCCUCCCCCACCACCUCCGCCCCCAAACCCUAGCAUCCUCCAUCCAACCUCCUUCCUCGCGCCCGCCCGCCCGCCCGAGACCUAGCCUGCGGCCAUGGCGGCCGAGCCCAGGAUCCGCCCCCAAGAACAGGACCCGGCGCACGGGAGGGAGGGAGGGCUCCUCUUGUCGGCCGUCGAUGCCUCCAGCAGCGGCUGCCUAGGGUUCUUCUUCAACCAGCGCCAGCGGCAUCGUCGUCAGUCAGGCGGUGAAGACCACCACGGCCCCGCUGCUGCUGCUAGUGCGGACCGACGCCACGCCAUGGAGGACCUUGCUGUCGACUUCCGUGGAUUGGACCUUGCUUCGACGCCAUGUAUUGUAUUCGAUUCGCAUGGCUCCGAGCUCCAUCGUGAUGGAUAGGUGCUGCUCCUUUCUUUCCCCAUGGAUCCCCUCCCAUGACCUUUUCUUUUUCCCCUGAUCUCAUUGGAUUCGAUUUGCCAGCUAAUCCGUAUUGGGCUUAGUUUUUCUCUGCAUCAUCAUGGAAACAAUCCAUAUUGGGAAAAUCUGGGUGAUGUGUGCGUUUUGCUUCCGUGGAUUUUAGCCCGCGGCAGCUAAUCCAUGUUGUUUUUUCUUGUUUUGCUCAACCCCCUGUUUCUGUUUGUUGUGUGUGUAACUAGGCAAAUAAGCAUUUUUCAGUUCUUGGCAAGUACGUACUUCUAAUCUGGUCAACUGAGUAUUAUUAGCAUGGAAACCAAGCAUUUGUGUAAUCUGGAAACUAAGAAUUUUUUUUUAGCUC